AUGUGCUGUGUAAAUCAGUUGCCAGCCUGUUGGCCGACAAAUGUUAUCCAGACGUGGUUGAAAACAUGUGUGAGAAACGCGAUCAAUCUGCCUCCAGCUAGAGCGGCGAUGUGGCUACAUUUAGUGGCUUUAUCAGGCGGCCUGUGUGCGGUAAAGCUUAGAUGGCGUCAAAAGUUCAAGUUUUGCUAUCGGGUGGCGAGUGCCGCCUGCCCCCACUCAUCUAACUUCAGCCAUUACUGGGGUCUUCCAUUCGUUCCAAUUUCAAAUUUGAAGCUGAUGCCACGAUAUAUGACACCACAGCUUUGUCGAGAGCAUCUUGGACUAAACAAUGAAGAUUAA